AAAUCAAGAGCCAGAGUUUGAAUGGAUUUUAUAUAAAUAUUUACCCCUGCUAGGCUAGCGCUGAGCUCCUAGGAGAAACUCCCAGCGGCUGGCCUGAUCCUCUCUUCCUCUCUCCCUUCCUGCUCCCUAGAGAUAAGGGGUGCAGCCCAUUGGCAGGUGGUGGUGGGGAGACAAGUUCUGCCUGUCUAGAGAGGCACUGACCUGAAAAAUAGUGCCAGGAUUUUAACAAACUACCCCAAUGGAUCUUAAGGACACCACCAGCGAGGGCAGCAUGGGAAGCCUGGAGCCCUCCAGCAUCCAGAUGUUUGCCAACACUUCCUCCCUCCAUGGGAUCCGCUACAUUUUUGUCUAUGGGCCGGUGACGAUACGGCGGUUGCUGUGGACCGUGGCCUUUGUGGGCUCGCUGGGUCUCCUCCUGGUGGAGAGCUCAGAUCGGGUGGCUUUCUACUUCUCCUACCAGCAUGUCACUAAAGUGGAUGAAGUGGUGGCCAACAGCCUGGUUUUCCCCGCGGUCACCAUCUGUAACCUCAACGAGUUCCGCUUCUCCAGACUCACCACCAAUGACCUGUACCACGCUGGGGAGCUCCUGGCUUUGCUGGACGUGAACCUGCAGAUUCCGGAGCCCCACCUGGCUGACCCGGCUGUCCUGGCCGCUCUCCAGGAAAAGGCCAACUUUAAGCAAUACAAACCGAAAAUUUUCAACAUGCAGGAGUUCUUGGGACGCGUGGGGCACGACCUGAAGGAUAUGCUGCUGUACUGCAAGUUCAAAGGUCAGGAGUGCAGCCAGAAGGACUUCAAAACUGUGUUUACAAAAUAUGGGAAAUGUUACAUGUUUAACUCAGGAGAAGAAGGGCGGCCCCUGCUUACCACAGUCAAAGGUGGGACGGGCAAUGGAUUGGAGAUCAUGCUGGACAUACAGCAGGAUGAAUACUUACCGAUAUGGGGAGAAACAGAGGAAACGACGUUUGAAGCUGGAGUCAAAGUUCAGAUCCACAGCCAGUCGGAGCCGCCCUUCGUCCAAGAACUUGGCUUCGGAGUGGCCCCUGGAUUUCAGACCUUUGUCGCCACACAGGAGCAACGGCUGACCUACCUGCCCCCUCCGUGGGGCGAGUGUCGCUCGUCGGACGUGGGGUUAGACUUUUUCCCCGUUUACAGUAUCACGGCUUGCAGGAUCGACUGUGAAACUCGCUACAUUGUGGAAAACUGCAACUGCAAAAUGGUCCACAUGCCAGGGGACGCUCCGUUCUGUACUCCGGAGCAGUAUAAGGAAUGUGCAGAGCCUGCGCUGGGUUUGCUUGCUGAAAAGGACAGCAAUUACUGUAUCUGCAGGAUGCCGUGUAACCUGACCAGGUACAACAAAGAACUCUCCAUGGUGAAGAUCCCCAGCAAGACUUCGGCCAAGUACCUGGAGAAGAAGUUUAACAAGUCUGAAAAAUACAUCUCAGAGAAUAUUCUCGUGCUGGAUAUAUUUUUUGAAGCACUCAACUAUGAAACAAUUGAGCAGAAGAAAGCAUACGAAGUGGCAGCUUUACUUGGUGACAUUGGCGGUCAGAUGGGAUUGUUUAUUGGUGCUAGUAUCCUUACAGUACUAGAGCUCUUUGAUUAUAUUUACGAGCUGAUCAAGGAAAGAUUGUUAGACCUGCUUGGCAAGGAGGAGGAGGAGGGGAGCCAUGAUGAAAACGUGAGCACUUGCGACCCCAUUCCAAAUCAUUCCGAAACCAUCAGCCACACUGUGAACGUGCCCCUGCAGACGACCCUGGGAACGCUGGAGGAAAUCGCCUGCUGACACCUCUUCACCAGCUCCGGAGUGCCAAGACCAGCUGAAAGGAGACUGCCCAGGAAAGCAAGGACCAAGCUCAGGUUUUCACCGGGGGAAAAGGAAUAAAAUCGCUAUGCAUUACAAAAAAAUAAUAUAUAUCUAUGUAUAACUGUAUAUAUAUUAUACAUCUCUGCCAAAACCAAGCGAGCGACGCCUUGGCCUUGACACGCGUCGUCCUUUCCUGUGGGGGGGGCUCGUCUUCGGGAUCUGAAGACACACUUGUUUUUGAACUGUACAGACCAACCCAGAAACUAAGAAAGCCACCAUUUCAUAUACUGUCGACUGUAUAAAGCACUUGCAUGCCGGUACUUUUUAUGGCAAUCUAUUCCUAGCUGUCUUUCUAAGCUCUGUUCCUCUGUACAGGCUCUGAUUUCACUACCAAGAAGGAAUUUUGCGGGCCCGUCCGGCCCUGAAAUCGCCGUUAAUUAGGCUGUAUUAGAAUAAAGAACCAAACAAACGUGCAGCUCUUGGACUCUCCUUACCGCCUUGUUCUUCGUGUCAGUUUGCUAGGCCCGGCCCCCCAAAGGCUAAGCCGUGCUGCAGCCGGGCCUGGCAGAGGGACCACACCUGCAGCCCGACUCCCUGACCUGGAUGGCUCUCGGAUGACCACACCCGCGGCUACUGCGUCGUGCUCCUGGGUCUCUAACGCAGCUUGUACGGUCUGGUUUGGGGAGGGGUAGGA